AUGAAGCUACACGCCGCUGUUAUAGCCUCGCUCCUCGCCCUUGCCUCUACGACUCCGGUUCCAGAAUCGGAGAAUCCGACCGCGGCGCUUGAGAAACGUGACAAGGUGUGCCGUGUCGUCACGCCUGACGGGACUGUGGCCUGCCGCACAGGGCCCGGUGGGAAUUACCCCCUCCAAAACAACAAGCGCAUCACCGCGAGCGAGAGGUUUGGAGUCGACUGCACGAGGACUGGGAGCUCUGUUGCCGGAAACACGUAA